CCUCCUGCCCUCAAUCUUUCCCAGCAUCAGGAUCUUUCCCAAUGAGUCAGCUCUUCACAUGGAAAGACAUACCAUAGUCUGGAAUUGGAAGAAUCAAUAUUAUCAAAAUUUCUACAGUAUUCAAGGCAAUCUGCAGAUUCCAAGUAAUCCCUACCAAAUUACCAAUGGAAAUUUUCAUAAACUAUCACAAUUAAAAAAAAAAUUAGGGAGACACAAAAGACCUUGAAUGAUGAAAGUAAUUUUGAGAAAGAAAAAAAUAGGUAGAGAAAUAAGCUUUCCCAGACAACACUACAAAGCUAUAAUUAUCAAGACAGUAUGGUACUGGCACAAAACAGAUAUAGGUCACUGGAACAGUAUAGAAAGUCCAGAAAUAAACCCACAGACCUCUCAUCAAUCUCUAACUGUGGAUAAAAAGCCAGGAUCUUUAAUAGGUGGUUCUGGGAAAACUGGAAAGAUACAUGUAAAGGAAUGAAAAUAGAACAUAAUUUAACAUCAUACACAAAAACUAACUAAAAAUGGAUUAAAGACCUAAAUGUAAGACCAAACACCAAAACAUUCUUUGAAUAAAUCACAAUGAUAUAUUUUUAAAAAUAUAUUUCCAAGAGUAUUGGAAAUGAAAACAAAACUAACAAAUGGGAUCAAAUUAAACUCAAAAGCUGUUGCAUAACAAAACAGACCAUAAUAAAAAUAGGAAGGCAACUUUUGGAGUGGGAAAAAAACAUUUACAGAUGAAGAAAGAGACAAGGGAUUAAUCUUCAAAAUAUAAUAUCGCAGCAACACAGAUAGACCUGGAGAUUAUCAUACUAAGUGAAUAAGGAAUACAGAGAGAGAUAAGUACCACAUUGCUUACAUGUGCAAAAAAAAAAAAAAAAAGAGAACUUAUUUACAAAACAAAAACAGACUUACACAAUAAAAAAACCUUAAGGUUACAAAAGGGAUUAGCAGAUAUAGACUACUAUAUUUCAAAUAGUUGAACCAAUAAGAACUUACUCUCUAUAUAUAUAUAGCAGAGGAAAUUCUGCUCAGUAUUCUGUAGCAAUAUAAAUAUGAACAGAAUUUUGAAAAGAGCAGAUAUAUGUAUUUGUAUAACUGAAUCACUUUGCUGUACACCUGAAACAUACAUUGUUAAUCAACUAUAAUCCAAUAUAAAAUUAAAAAUAAAAUAAAUCUCCUUGCCUUAACAUCUCUUAAAGUGUAUUUCUGGCAUUAAGUGAUGAUCUCUUCUGUACCUAAAAUAUCUAGAAGAAUUAUCAGCAAAAGAAACACUACAGAGAUCUUCCUGUUCAAAUGAGCACAAAAAUAAAACCAGGAAAAACAAUACAAAUAAUCUAACCUUAAUAGAAUAUGAAAUCACAUAAUGUUGGGUUUUCAAAUAUUACUUAGAAAUUAUUAUGGAUUUGUGUUCAAGCCUGAGUAUGUAUUUCCUAACUCAGUGUAUUGUGUUUUAUCAAGAUUUUUUUUUUUUUCACUUCAAAGCAGUUGCUUUCUAUUUUAGUCCAUAAUACAAAGUACACACUUCAAAGUUCAGCUCAACCAUCUAUAAACUGAUUUAGACUGUUAAGGAGAGAUCUUUGGAUUAGGAGUUUCAUGCAUUUGGUAAAAAUUUAAUUCAAGCAACAGUUAACCAUGAAGACUGUGCAAGGCUGCUGUAUCCUUUUCGUGCUGCAGCUAUGUCUCCUUGACUCUGGGAGGACGGGCAAAGUUCUUGUAUGGCCUGUGGAUUUUAGUCACUGGAUUAAUUUACAAGUUAUUCUAGAAGAGCUUCACCUUCGUGGGCAUGAGAUAACUCUCCUGGUACCGUCACAAAAUCUUCUGAUUGAUCAUACCAAGAUUCCCUAUCAUGUGGAGAUCCUCCAGCUUUCAAUAAGUGAAGAAACUUUCAUGGAAGAGCUCAAUACCAUGCUCUAUGAAGAAAUUUUUGAACUGCCAAAACUCUCAUGGUGGGAAAUGCAAAUAGAACUGGCAAACUCAGUCAGACAAUUUUUAUUAACAACCAAAAGAGUGUGUGACAGUGCUGUCACUAACAAGCAGUUACUCAGCAGGCUACAGGCAGCCAAGUUUGAUGUCUGUAUUGCUGACCCUUUAAGUUUUUGUGGGGAAUUGGUGGCUGAACUCCUGAAUAUUCCAUUUAUAUACACUUUUCGGUUUUUCUAUGGGAAUGCCAUUGAAAGACUGUGUGCUGGGCUUCCUAUGCCUUCUUCAUAUGUUCCUUGUGUCUCAUCAAGACUGACAGACAACAUGACUUUUAUACAGAGGCUGGAAAACUGGUUACUGUAUACAGUGAGUGACAUGAUAUAUUCAUAUUAUGUAUUUCCAGAAUGGGAUGAAUAUUACAGCAAGGUUUUAGGAAAACCUACCACACUAUGUGAGAUUAUGGGGAAAGCCGACAUGUGGUUGUUUCGAAGUUACUGGGAUUUUGAAUUUCCUCAACCUUACUUACCUAAUACUGAAUUUGUUGGAGGACUGCACUGCAAGCCUGCAAAGCCCCUACCUAAGGAGUUCGAAGAGUUUGUUCAAAGCUCUGGAAAAGAUGGAGUCGUGGUGUUUACUCUGGGGUCAAUGAUCAAAAACCUCUCAGAAGAAAAGUCUAAUAUGAUUGCAUCAGCCCUUGCCCAGAUUCCACAGAAGGUUCUGUGGAGAUACACAGGAAAGAAACCAGAAACACUAGGAGCCAAUACCCGGCUAUAUGAAUGGAUUCCACAGAAUGAUCUUCUUGGUCAUCCCAAAACCAGAGCUUUUAUCACUCACUGUGGAACCAAUGGAAUCUAUGAAGCUAUUUACCAUGGGGUCCCUAUGGUUGGAAUUCCUAUGUUUGGUGAUCAGCAUGAUAAUCUUGCUCGUAUGAAAGCCAAAGGGGCAGCUGUCGAAGCAGACUUGCGAAGAAUGACAAGUGAAGAUCUGCUUAAUGCUUUGAAAGCAGUUAUUAACAACCCUUUCUAUAAAGAGAAUGCUAUGAAGUUAUCAAGAAUUCAUCAUGAUCAGCCUGUGAAACCCCUGGACCGAGCAGUCUUCUGGGUUGAGUUUGUCAUGCGCCACAAAGGAGCCAAGCACCUUCGACCAGCCUUUCAUGACCUCACCUGGUUCCAGCACCACUCUUUGGAUGUGAUUGGCUUCCUGCUAGCUUGUGUGGCAACUGUUGUAUUCCUGGUCACUAAAUGUUGCCUGUUUUGUUACUGGAAGUUUGGUAAGACAGCAAAGAAGAAAAAGAGAGAGUAGUCUUCUGCUAUUUUUUUAAAACAGUUGGGCUAGAAACCUUGAAAGAGUCCAUCUGAAUAAUCCAGCCACUGAUUUGAAAAAGAUUUCUCCCCUGUUCUUCUGGGUUUUUUUCUAUUCCUAAACUUAUCAUAUCAAAGAUCAAAUACUACAAAAAUUUGCCACGUGAUUCAGAAUUAAGGUUUAAAAUAAUCUAUUCUUUAAAAGAUACAAGUGAAUAAACAUAUGGAAAUUUUUACCAUUAAAAACUUCAUGCUUUCCUUUCUUCAUUGCUUUUAGUUCAACCAGUUGAGAUGUUUCUUGAGGCCUCAGGAACAUAAUGAUUAAUUGUAUUUUCAUACUGAUCAAGUUGAAUAUUUCUUGAAUAUCUAACAUAAUUUAGGGUUCAAUAUGCAAUAAUUAUUUCAUACUCUCUAGAAGAACUAUACAAGGACUAAUGUAGAACACACUUUAGCCAGAGCUUCUUUGCCAGUCAGGAAAAUCAGAAGCCUGUUAGUAUUUCUACUCUACUGUAAAGCACAUUUUACACCACCAAUUUUCUUCCAUAUCACACAUUAGAGUUUCUCCUUCUUGGAAUGCAAAACACUAUUUUUUGUCUUUCAUUUGAAGACUAUCCUUCUUUUGGAUAUUAAUAAUGAUAGUACUUCAUUUGUAUUGUAAUCCUUCUUGGCUGCAGAGAACUAGCUGUUUGUUGUAUGUUGGCAUGGCUAUUGGGAUGAUGAGCCAAAGUAAAUGACUUGAAUUUA